CGAAUCUCUACCUAUAAAACAACCCGUCUUGGUCGACAGUGGCACAUAGCGUUUCUCCGUCAUCGUGGUGAGUUACCUUCGAUAACGAGGACAGGACAUCGCCGUAGAGAUCGAAGACGAAACGAUAGAAGACACUCGAAACGACAUGUCGGGCCAAUCCACUUACGUACUUAUGCUAUUGUCCAUCAUCUUUGUAUCGAGCAGCUUCGCGAAUCCUUUCAUCAGACAGCGUGAAGACGUGGGACAAGCUUGCGAAGGAUGUGGAUAUGAUUGCGAUAAGUGCAAGUAUGGUUUCACGAUAUCGGAUCUUUGUGGUGUUCAUGUAUGCAAAAGGGGUCCUGGUGAGAUUUGCGGAGGACCAAGUGACUCAUGGGGAGUUUGCGGCGCUGGAUUAAUUUGCAGUUGCAACAAGUGUAUUGGUUGUAGUAUAGAGGAACUCGAAUGUUAUUCGCAUACUUGCCCGCCUCAUCUCAGUUUGGAGACACGUCAUUCCGAUGCAUAUUAUCGCUUUCCUACAGCUAAAUAAAGGGCGAGUCGAUCUGGAUUUCGGAGAACGAGAGAGUGUGUAGGAUGAAGAAGAGACAGGAAGCUAGAGAGGGAAAGAGAGAGAGAGGGUUAAUACAUUCCAACGAUUGAUCUCAUCAUAGUUGAUUAGAUAGAUUUCGUAUAGUUCGAUUGUUUUUAAUAAUUUUGUUGCCUUCUAUCCGACUGUUUGUCUAUCGGUUUAUUGUUUGUGAUGUUUUAAAAAGAGUUCCAAGAAAAAAAAGAAAGAAUAGAAGAGAACGGAUUGGAAAAAACUACGAUCUCGUUAAACGUAUUAUCUGUUAUCGAUUAUGGUUAACAGAGCGAUAAGACUCGAAUAGUUUUUAAGAUUUUACUUAAUUUUAUUAUUUCGUCCCACGACAUAUAUGAUAAAUAGCAAAUUAUACUUAUCGAUCGGUUUAAGGAUAAAACGCAAGCACGCACUCUCAUGCGUCUCUCCGUUCUGCUGAGACUAGAAUAGAUCUAUAUAUCUAGUUAUAUUAAAAGUAUUAAAUCAAUCGUAACUGGGCUGUGAGUUGCAUUUCUUAUCGGAACAGACGCGAGUCAUCGCCUUGACCUGAUUUUUAUGUUACGAAUAUUUCGUAGCUUCUCGCGAAAUAUUCGAAGGGCGAGGUUUUCCCGCGAUUCAAGUUAACGAUGAGAAAUCAUGUUCUUUUCACGGAACGUACUAAUAUGUGCACUUGUAACAUUCUUCUUUUAUUUAAAUACAAUUAACGUAGUUAGGCUAUUUUUAAUUUUUCGUCUUUGGCUAAAUAAAUAUUUAUUUGCUCAAAAUAACAA